AUGGCAUCAUCAGAUAAGAAGAAAUAUAUAAAUCGUCGAGAAGAAAAAUCACGAGAUAUUAAAAAAGCAUUAACUCAUAGAGCAAGAAUAAGAAAGAAUUACUUCAAGUUGCUUAAAACUGAAGGUUAUGAAGAAAGAAAUAAAGAUGAAUCAAAUGAUCAUGAAGAUCAACCAAAACGAAAACCAAUAAAUUUUCAAGAAAGAGCAGCAAUUGCUAAAAAACGAAAGGAUGAAAAUCGUAAGUUACAACUUGAAAAAAUUCAAGAUAAAUUGAAAACUAUAGAGACUAAAAAUAGAGAACGACAAUUUAAAAAAGAUCAAUUUAAACAAUCAUCAAAUCAAAAGGGUCAACCAUUAAUGGGACCAAGAAUAAAUAAUCUAUUAGAUAAGAUAAAAAAUGAUCAGAGUAUAUAA